AAUGAGGAUCCUUAUUGUAAAAAAAUUGUCUGCAUUUCAAUUCCAUUGCAUUUUUUGUACAUUUAUUUUGAUUCUCAAAUGAUGUGUAAAGUAAUACAAUUUUGAAUUUAAAGAAAAAUAUGCUUGAACGGUAUAUAUGAUGUAACUUACUUCCUGUCUGUAUUUUUUCUAUUUGUGCUGUUCGAUUCUCUGUCCUAUGCUUCAAACCAUGAAUUGCAAACUUGCUGUGCUUUAAUCACUGAAGCAUACGAUUUAAAAAAAAAAAAGCAGACGUGGCAUUAAAGUGGGGGAAAGAAUUGCAAGGGUGACAUUGGUGCAAAGGACUGGCAACAGUUGCAUUAUUUUAGUGCAGGUCGGUGACAACAGUGUUAAGAAAGGAGCGUUGAUGUAACAGCUGCCCUGCCUGCAGGAGAUUGGAGGGACUCCGCUGACGUCCUCUGAAUCACCCUCAAGGAGAAAAACGGAUUUCGACGAAAACGACCAGGGCGCCUUGAAUCCACGCUGGUUGCUUUCGUGGAAAUGUGUUAUGACGUUUUGCUGGCUGCAUCCAUCGUUCAGAUAGGCGUGCGUGUUAUGAUAUUAUCGAUGCAUCCUCUUCCCAUCAUCCAUGUUUCUGGACAUACGGCUAUAACAAUGACAACAACACAGUGAAGGUGAUGAAGCUAGUGGUGAAAUGGUCAGAACCGAGAGACUAUUUGAGAAGAUAUGCAUGCACUUGAUGUGUGAAGGGCAAGGAGGAGACAGAUCCGGCUGGGUAAUGUGGCGUUGAUCAUGCGCCCAGGGUGCCGCGCUGGAGGAACCGAUACGCGGCGGAUCGGGUGACUUACCCGCAGGGGAAGACCCAGUCGUGGGCCGCCACAUCCUGAACCGACCAUCCUCGGGGUCUUCCCCCACGAUUAGAGGAACGGAGCAAAGAUGCAAGAGACGACGGUAGAUGCAGAAGAGCCCCUUCUGAACGGGUCUGGGAGGGAAGAGCAGCAUCCAGUGAAGCAGUCCUUAGCUGCCUCUUUGUGUCGAGAGUCUCACUGGAAGUGUCUUCUCAUCACUCUGCUCAUGUUCGGCUGUUUCGGCACACUGGCCUGGUGCAACCUCUGCAAAGUUCCAGUUCUAGCUCCAACAGAGCCAGAGGCUGCAGUUGUUGAGCCUGGAUACCCCUCUACAACCUUAACUAGUGCCAGUGUCUACAUCCCUGAUGAAUUGGAUCUGGAGAGUCCCUGUUCCAGUGGCUACAUUUAUAUUCCUCUUGCUUUUCUGGCCAUGCUGUACGUGGUUUAUCUGGUGGAAUGUUGGCACUGUUACUCCAAGACAGCCACAUUGGCUCAAGCAGAGGUUGUGGAAGUGUACGAGCGUGUUCAGAGGCUGCAGCAGGCUACACCCUGCAUCUGGUGGAAAGCCAUCAGUUACCACUAUGUGCGACGGACAAGACAGGUGACACGCUACCGCAAUGGGGAUGCCUAUACUACCACACAAGUGUAUCAUGAACGUGUAAACACACAUGCAGCAGGUUCAGAGUUUGACUAUGCACGGUAUGGUGUUAAAGAUGUAUCAAAGGAGCUAAGGGGCCUAAUGGAUCACCCGGCUGUACGGCUACGCUUCACUAAAUGCUUUAGUUUUUCUUGUGCUCGGGCGGAGGCUGCAUACCUCACCCAGCGUGCACGAUUUUUUGGUGAAAAUGAGGGACUGGAUGACUACAUGGAGGCACGAGAGGGAAUGCAUUUAAAGAAUGUGGACUUUCGUGAGCACAUUCUAGCCUUCCCUGACCCUGACAGACAGCCCUGGUAUGCCAGGUGCAAAGUUUUUUGGCUGGCCUCAGCCCUACUCCUUUCCUGGCCACUUCGGGUUGUUGCAGAGUAUCGCACUGCAUAUGUGCACUACCACGUAGAAAAACUGUUUGGUGAUGCUGAUGAUAAUAGUAGGGGGGACAUAACUGAGAAUGGUGGGGACACCGAAAAUGGAAAUGGAAAUGGAGGAGGCAUUGGAUCAAGCUAUCGUGCCAUUUCUCGUGUUAAUACAGUGGACAUGACAGAGCUGGAGUGGCACAUUCGCUGCAACCAGCAAAUGGUGCCCAGCUACUCUGAGGCUUUGUUGAUGGAUCCUGGUGCAGGUGCCAACCAGGGGACCAACACUCCUCCAGCCAGACAAGGGACUAACUUAACAGGGGGUGGCCCAACCCUUCCAGUGGCCUUUGCCUCAGCUUACUUGCUCCAGAGCUGUCCUCGCUGCCACCACACGACAAGCAGCGCCUCCCUGCCCUCCAGGCUAAGAGGCCCAACAGCAGCCCUGCUGAGUGGAACGAUGGCUGGGAUGAGGGCUAGCAGGUCAGGAGGUCGUCCUGGAGGCCCAGGGAGGCUGGUUCUGAGCAGGAGUGGCUUCUCAUUGGGGCGUCCUCAGGCUCCUCGCCCUUCCUCCCUCUUUCAUUCCCGCAGUAUUGGUGGAGGACUAGCAGUAAGAGGAGAAGAGGGAAGUGGGGGAGGAGGCUUUCUAGGUUUGGGGUCUAGACAGGUUGAAGAAAGCAGAAGAGUGCUUGAGGGAGAGGGUGAUGAGGAGGUUGGAAAUGAGGUGGAAAGAGAGGAAGAGGGUGAGAGGGAAGGGGAGGGAAGAGAGCAACAGGAGGAGGUAGAAGAAGAGGAAGCAAGGGAAGGAGACAGACCUCCUACAUAUCAAGAUGCAUUCUUCUUCCCAGUGUUGAUUGUGCAUGGAGAGGAGAGUUGCCAUUUAGGUGAAGCCAUUUCCUGAAAAAUAGGUAAAGGAGGAUGGAAUUUGUCGAAUCUAGAGAACAAGAAGGUUAUGUUAAUAUAAACUCGUAAAAUCUAUGCAAUAAAGAAAUAGCAAGGAACUGUUUGUAAAAUAUAAGGACAUACACAACAAAAGAGGCAACAACUUUCAGUAAACCUUGAUCCCCCUGGUCAAAGAAUGGAAAGCACCACAGGACAUGCAACUUAAAGACAAGACCAUAGGCACGUCUUCCGAAGAUGACUAAGGACAACAGAACAGUUCAUCAACAGGGAUGAACACAAAGGAAUGUUAUUAAACUAUACAUAGCCAACAUAUAGCUGUGUACCACAAGUAAAAAAAAAAAAAUAUGUUGUUCUGUUUUACUGACAAAACCAAAUGAACAACCUCCUUAAACUUCCACAAAAUAUAUUGGGAUUCAACUGCUAGAGGAAUUUCACCAUAAAUAUUUGUUUAAUAGAUCGAUUUUGUUCCUGCAGGAUUACAAGCCCAAGUCCCAAUAAUAUGGAAAAUUUGUUUCACUUAUCAGAAACAUAGUUCAUGUAUUUGGAGAUCCUCAGCUAACACUACAAUGCUAAUUCUUGUUUAUUGUGAAGUGCACUUUGUGUUGACAUUAUGUAUUUUAUAUGUAUUGUUUGUCAGUCAGUAACACUUUAUUUGUACAACAGCAUAUCACCUGUUUUGCCUCAUGAAAAGCUUGACACUGAAGAGCACCUCACAGACAUAAAAAAAAAAAUACAGCAAGUUGCCCUCCAUCAAAGCCUUUGUGCUCAUCUUUGACUGGCUCAGUUGUCACGUGUAAGUAGGCCAAUCGCUGACAAGACUGAUUAGUGUGCCAAGAUACAUCCAUCUCCUGGUAACUGUGCAUAUGAGUGGAUCCCUGUGAGACACAUCUUAGUAGUGAUCUCAUUGCAAUAUACAUAUUUGAAUGUGUUGAAUAAUUGCGAAAUGUAUACAGCUUAAAUCAUUCUGCUUGUGUUAUGCUUUCAAGCUUCUAAUAUAUUCUUCAAGCACACAAACUGAUAUACGGACAAAAACACACAUUGACAAAUGUAUAUUUAAAGCCAGUAUACAUACACUUAGUAUACAUAAGCCUAAAGCAUGGAGUCGUGGUCUCUCAGUUAUCCUUAAGCAGGGCAGAUAAAUGUUGCACAUGUCCUGCAAAUUAUUUAAAAACACCUUUAAGAAAAAGCAAACUUUCAUGCAAUACUGUCGACAUGUUCUAUCUAAAUCAUGAGAAUGUAAACCGUGUCAUCAGUAUUUCACUGUGCAGUGUGUUUAAUCUAUUCACCUGUUAUUAAUAGCUAGAUGGAGGAAAUAUAGACUCCCAGAAUACUUGAAUUUCAGAAUUAACAAGCACUUUCCAUGAAUGGGGUACAAAAUGUGGCCUGAAACUCUUGAAAGAUUAAGUAAUUUUUCUUUUCUUUUUUAACAAAUUGUCAGUGAAAGGAGGUGCAUAACCUAAUUAAAAUUGUUAUAGCUAAGCUCAGGAGGUCAAACUAAAUAAUAGAUGAGCUGUUUUAUUUUCCAUGAGGUUUGCCAUUUUUGCAGCCCUGUAACACAUUUUGGAAAUCUAAAAGAUUUCUGACCUGUUUUCUGUGAUUUUUUUUUUAUUUUAUUUUAUUUUAUUUUUAUUUUUAUUUUUUUUCUAUUUUUAGCAGGAAACAUUCAAAUUAAAUAGACAAAAUGUAUUAAAUGUAUAUAAUUUGUUUGAUAAUUUGUUCUUACAGAAACUUGGGAAACAGGACUGCAGGCUGAGCUUUAUUAUUGCAGUCAGUUGAGCAAAUGGAAUGAGAUUCCAGCUGAUGUUACUUCUGUCACAAUUUUAAGGAACGUUACACUUUUUUGUAAUAGGGGAAAAAUCAUGCGAUAACAGGGUUACACACAAAAUGUGGCAUACAGCGAAUUUUUUUUUUCUUUCUUCAUUUUUACUGUUUAAAUGAUAUCUAAUAGCUCUCCAAGAACAAAAAGAAAAAAAAAGAGAUUUGUGCUUUUAAUUCUUUAAAGUAAUAAGACACCAAAAUGUACCAUAUUCAUGGAAUGUUCCAACAACAGAAUUUCUAGAAUUUAAAACACUUGGCUUUGAAUUCCAGAACCUCUGAUAGAUGCAUGACUUGUCCUCUAGAACUCCUCUAGGUGGGAGUUUUUUUCAAACUAUAGAUUUGUGCAGGUUGCAAAAGAUUCAGACUGUCAUAAGAUCAGCAUAUGUGUUUUCAAGGGAAUGCAGAUUUGUAUACAGGUUUAUUAAAUAUGCUUUUGAGAAUUAAAUCAAGCAAGAACCCUUUAACAUUUUUACUUUUAAAUGUAACAUUUUAAAGCAGUUUAACUGUAGCAUCAAAAACAGAAGCAAUAUUUUCCUUAUUGUGACAAUGCCCUGAAUAUUAUCAAUUAACACUAGGAAUAAACCAGUUCAUCAUGAUGUUUCUGGAACAUUAUGUUUUGCUUGUUCAGCUGAAAUACAGGGACUUUUUUAUUGUCCCCUAAAUUAUUAGGUUGCAAGCCAAUAAAUAUUGCUUCGAUGCCUCAAACAGGUUUGUCUGAAUUAUGUUUCACACUAGUAAAGAAAAAAAGUGUUUGGCUUGGCCUUGUGAAAGGAGAUAUGCCACUGUAAGUGUGUUGGGGACCAGGUCAGUAUAAUGAUUGUCACUGUCAAUGUCACUGAUGAUCAUGAUAAAGGUACUACUGCUGAUGGUACAUAAUAAACUACUUGAUUUAAAGUCUUACUUGUGUUUUGCCUUAAAGUAAUCCUACCAACAAUGAUCACCCUUAAA